AGAGAGAGAGAGAGAGAGAGAGAGAGAGAGAGAGAGAGAGAGAGAGAGAGAAGAUGACGACAGUAGAGGGCGCAGUUUAGAUACUCAACUUCCGAGGUAGGAGGAAGUUCGCCCGGUCUAUGGUGUCUGUGCAGCCUCAGUGUCCAUCACGAUCAAAACAUUGUAUUGUAUACUACUCUAAGGUGAGUGCCUGCGCUGUUAAACAUGGACCGAAAAAGAAACCAUGGCUACAUUGAAACAGGACAGUCAUCGGAGCCCCAGAGCGCUUUCAUAGACAUCACAGGGCCCUUCAAACGAGAUGAUGAAGAUUUCUCUGUUCUCGAAGCAGACGAGCAGUUGGUGUGCUCGGUGACCGAGAUCACGGAGCACCUCGGCAGGAACAUCACGGUGGUGCUGGAGUCCGCGCUGUCCGAGAUACGCAAACUGGUCAGCGUCCGAAUCCGAGUACUAAAGAUGGAGCUCCGCGAGAAAUGCGACGAGAUCGAGCUGCUUAAGGCAAAACUGGAGUCGACGGAGAAAGACGGAAGAGUGUCUAACUCCGGUAUCCCGGAGUGCAGGAAAACAGAACAUCAACCUGGUCAGAAGUACAGCGCAGACCCGAAGAAGGCCAAACCCGGUAUGCCCGUGGUCAAGAAGGAGAACAUAAACGCAAUCUGCGACUAUUUGAUGAAGGAUAAGAACCAGCGGGGUGGUGCUGAAGUGGAAAGCGACCAGACUUUUGGGGUAGAUCGGGAGCGCACUCAAUCGCAAACACACGCAUCUCUGGGCCUGUGGACGGACAGCGGUCACGGAGAUACGGACACGGACAUCUUCAACAUGUUACCCUCCGCCAGUAAACGCAUGUAUGACUAUGAGUGGAUGACAGGUGUGGAGCUUAACUCAACCGAGUUUAAGGGUGACACCGACAUGAAAUGUGAAAAUGUUCCUGCUGUAGAGGAAGGUGAUGUAAAUGAAGGUUCUGAAGGCGGUAGAGGACAUGAGUCAGUGUCUGACUCAAACUCCUCUCAGUUUCCUUUGGACACUCAGGGCUCCCCACAAGAAAACAGGAGCAGCCCAGCAGAGGACAACGUGGACAGAAUAGAGCCAGGUCAGCAAUUCUCCAUUCACACUUUCAUUUGUUCCUUUUGUGGAACUCUCUGCCCCGACUCAUUGUUCCUGGAGGAACAUAUAAAGCUCAUGCACCAUGACGAGAGAACCCAGGCUCUGCAGUCACCUCUGGGAGCUUCCUCCUCUCGUGGGGAUGGUGAUUCGGGUGAGGCAGGGCGAGCUCUGGGGUGCCCUGAAAGACCUGUUGUAAGGGGGGGACUUGUGAAAAAAGUGGAAGGUGGUUAUGAAUGUGACGACUGUGGCCGUCAUUUCAACUAUUUGGGCAACUUGCGACAGCACCAGCGGAUCCACACUGGCGAAAAACCGUUUGUCUGCCCCGAGUGCGGUGAACGUUUCCGUCAUGCCGCACGUCUCAAGAGUCACCGUCUUAGCCACAGUGGGGCACAGAGCCCUUUUCCUUGCCCUCAGUGCGGUAAAGGCUUCCCGGUGCUGUCUGGACUCAAGCGUCACCAGCGUGUACAUACUGGAGAAAGCCCAUAUGCUUGUCCCCAGUGCGGGCGCAGAUUUAAGGAGCUGGGCAAUUUAUAUACGCACAUGCGCAUUCACAGCGGGGCCACGCCCUAUUCAUGUUAUCAGUGUGGGCGGAGUUUUAGACAUUUAGGGACAUACAAGAGCCAUCGCUGUAUGCCUGCUACUCAGUUACCCAGUGGGCAUAGUCCAGCAUGGGCACAGGAGGACAAGGUGCAAACUGGGUAAAACCAAGUCACACAAAGUUAAAGAUAUGCUCCUAAAGUGGUGACCUCAACGGCUGGUUCAGGUUGAGUUUUAUUCGCAGGACAGCUGACCACAGAUGUGAGUGGUUUCAUGAGUGGUCUAAUAGAUAGAAUGGGCCUGUAGCAAGGAAAUCUCAGUAAGGUCACUCACCUGUCUGCUAACAGUAUGUUGUUUCAUCAACCAAUAUCAAGACAUUUAGGUACAUCUUGAAGCUGGAUGGAUUAACCUACUUAUUUAUGUUAGUCGACAUUCUUUUCAGCAGUAUCUUGCUGCCCAUUAGAUGUAUUUAAAAAAAAUUGCAAUAAUAUGAGUCAGUAUUUCAAACAUGAAAGGUUCAAAGUGUUCAUACAUCAGAUUUUAGGAUUCCACUAAAUUAAUAUUGUUAUGUUGCCUGUACCUCAUCUCACACCUGGGGCCUGUUGCAUAAACAUAGCCAUGACACUAACUGAGAACAUUAAUAGUUUAAAUCUAUUCACGAACCAUCAAAGAUGUACACAAAAGAAAUCUCCAGUGAAUUUUCUUUUUCUUUGAAAACUCUUCCUCUUCUUAUUGUCUAUUUUUUAUAUUUGCUACUGUAUAGCACAAUAAAAAGGCAAUUUUUUAAUCUAGAGCAGUUGACAUUUUAUUGAUUUCGAUGAAAACAUAGAUUUUAACAAAAAGUUAGACAGGGGGCCAUCAGUCUUAACUUUUUGUCUUAAAUUAGACCAUCUAAGAUUUUAUGCAAUUGACUUAAAAAGUAAACACUAGUCUUGACAGAAAAAAUAGACGACUAACUUGUAGGACUAGUCUAAAACAGUUUUAUGCAACUGGCCUGAUUCAACUUAUCAGCUCAUUAGUAGAGGCUGCAAAACUGGUGUGUCAGUUAAGGUUUGUGUUUAUUUGGCUGUUUUUGUUUCUCCUUUAUGCAAUUGACAUAUGGUGUUCAAGGCAUGAUUUAAAAUGUAUUCCAGGGUAAUAUAUACAAUUUUACGAUUACAGUGCCUUGCAAAAGUAUUCAUCCCCCUUCAUUUUAUUCACAUUUUAUUAUGCUGCUGCCUUAUCUUAAACUACUUAAAACAUUUUUUUUUACAUUAAUCUACACUCCAUGCACAAUAAUGACAAAACAAAAAACUGAUUUUUUUAUUCACUGGCGACUCGGCCAUAAAGCCCAGAGGGUCUCAUUUAUAAAUGUUGCGUAUGCACAAAAUGGGGCUGGAAACGUGUGUACGCCACUUUCCACGCAAAGGUUGUGAUCUAGUAAAAACAAAUUUGACGGGAGAAUGUGCGCACCUGUAAGCAAAAUCUGACCCAUGCGUACACACAUUCUGGAGACAAGGGGUGACACAAAUGGCGAGUUAGUGAACUUAGAUUGCAGAAAGUAGGCCUAAGUGUGAUAAAAACGAUUAUAAGCAUUAAUGCCUCACACACAUUUAUUUUGACCUCAUAUCCGUUAAAGAUCCACAUUAUCACGAAGACUAAAUCUGCAGUUAUUUGCGCUUGUAUUGAGUGAUUGUUUAAUGCACCUUCUUCUAAAAUCCAACUCAAAUC